CACAACAGCAACCCAAACCCCGCUAAGCAUCAGCAUUCAGCAGCACCUCCCUUCUACCUCCUCUGCUUUGCAUUCCUCCUUCCGGUUUCAACCGCAAUCAAUGGCUGCCAUGAAGAUUACCCUCCUUGCCGUGGCCGCGAUGGCCGCCUUAUUAGGCACCGCGUCAGCGGUAACCUACAACGUCGGCGAGCAGGGCGGUUGGACCCUCAACACCGACUACAGCAGCUGGGUGUCCGGCAAGAAGUUCAACGUGGGUGAUGAGAUUGUCUUCAAGUACUCGUCCGCCGCGCACGAUGUGGUCGAGGUCAGCAAGGCCGGCUACGACUCCUGCAGCAUCGACGGCGCCAUCAACACCUUCAAGUCCGGCAACGACGUCAUCCCCCUCAGCGCCACCGGCACCCGCUACUUCAUCUGCGGCAUCACUGGCCACUGCAGCCCCACCGCCGCGGCCAGCAUGAAGGUCAUGAUCGACGUCGCCUCGGGCUCCUCUUCGCCGUCCUCACCCAUGCCAGCCGCAGGUCCUGGCGCGAGCAACUCUCCCCCGGCGCCACCCUCCUCCGCCGCUACCUCCGUCGGUGCCACAGCAGGAUUUGGCCUCGUCGCCCUACUGGCGGCUGGUCUCAUGGCUUGAACGCAUAUAUUGAUCAGCUGCCACGCGCACAUAUGAGCUUAUAUAUUGUUAACUACUGCUGUAGUCAUUAUCACGGGUGAAUACAUGUAUUCUUUUUUAGAGUGAGAAUGUGAUAGUUACUUGUAUCUAUCACGUCUAUAUGUAAUCUGCAGACCUUCAUGUCUUUUAUAUAAUCAUUCUAGAGCAUUAUUUUAUACUA